AUAGUUUUUUCAAUUGCGUUUAAUCGUUCUUUAGUAAAUCUUUAACUACACCGUGGAUUUAACAGUUUUGAAAAUAUUACAAAUUGUAUCGUUUAUUACUGAAAGUUUUUCUUCUUCAUAUCACAGUAUAUAAUUUAUCUAAAAUGCAUUCAAUUACAUUGAUUGACUAUAACAAAUAUUUGUCCUUAAUGAAUAAUAGGCAACCAGUAUCGAUAGUAUGACUAUAUAGGUUCCGAUGGAAUUCAAUGACAAUAACUUUUGGAAUGAUACCAUUAUUUAGAUUUUUUUAAAUAUUAUUGACAAACACAUGUUCUGAUGUUUACAAAUGGUUUGGAUUCUAUUAAUGUUCAAACUCCAAUCUUCCCAGAUUUGAGCAUUUUUCUUUGCGUAUUUUUUAAAUGUCCCAAGAAGUUAAAAUUUUAUGACUUUUCUAUUUUAUUAAGAGAGUAAUAUAAUGACUACUACUGAAAUAACCGUGGAACACUCAAUACCUUUAGAUAUUUUGGAUGAUUUGAGCAGUCGUUUCAUCAUAAAUGUGCCUGAAGAGGAGCGUAAAGACCUGGUGCGAAUUUGUUUCCAGAUUGAGUUGGCACAUUGGUUUUAUUUAGAUUUCUAUUGCACUGAUGGCACUAAGGAACUGAAACCAUGUGGAAUGAAGGAAUUCACAAUGCACAUAUUUCAGCACAUUCCUUUCUUGCGAGUGCACGCGGCGAAAGUGGGGAGUGUACUGGACGAGUGGAAAGGGUACAAACAGUCCGUGCCAACGUUCGGGGCCAUCCUCCUGAAUGAAGACAUGUCCCAGGUUCUGCUUGUGCAGAGCUACUGGUCCCGUGCCUCGUGGGGUUUCCCGAAAGGCAAAGUGAACAAAGACGAAGACCCGUAUCGCUGUGCUAUUCGAGAGGUGUUGGAAGAAACCGGUUUUGACAUUAGUCGUCUCAUCGACAAGAAUGACUUCAUAGAAGCUGUAGUAAAUGAGCAGACAGUUCGAUUGUAUGUUGUUACUGGAAUAAAUACAGAGACAAAAUUUCAACCUCGUACAAGAAAUGAAAUAAAAAAUGUGGAGUGGUUUCCAAUUGCAGAUUUGCCCAGUAACAAGAAAGAUAUUACUUCACGUGUCAAGAUGGGCGUUGGUCCGAAUGCUUUCUUUAUGGUUCUGCCAUUCAUAAAGAGGCUGAAAAGGUGGAUUCAGGAGAAACAACAAGGAGGGUCUCAGGUGUUCAGGAGAAAUCGUCAAAAGUCUGUAGGCGAGGUGGAAGUAUCGCAGUCAAAGAACAAGCGACAGCAGUUUGCACAAGUCAUCCAGGCUGAAAUGCAAGAGAUGCAGGCAUUGAAGCAGAUGCAAGAACUGCAGGCUAUGAAGCAAGACGUGCAUUCUAGUCCGCCAGCACGCGUUGCCCGCCGCUCGGAUGCAAACAGUAGAAGUCAGAAGCCAAGUUUCAAAAGACAAUUGUUUACAGAUCAGUUGGCACCUGCACCUCAGCAGCCUCAGCCGCACUGUCACCACCACCAACCCCCUCAUCAACAAGCAGUCGAAAGGAACCACCCAGUCCGCGCAAAGGAGUCGUCCGCUCCUACGCGCUGCGAUGACUUUCAGUUUAGUGCACCGUCGUGGGUCAAUUUCAAGUUCAACAGGAAGGCAAUACUGGCAUGUUUGGAACUGUGAACUCUACGUCUUGGUUAAGUUCCUGUGCUCUUUGGGUCAGCAUCAGAACCGUGUAGCGAAAGAAUAAUGAACUAAAGAAGGGACGUUGUUUGUUGCGUACCCACUAGUUUAAUUCAGAUUCUUCUUUUUUUAUCAUGCAAAUAAAUAGAACCUUUAUUUUAUUAAUUUUAAAUUUAUAUUUUUUACAAUAAUAUAAAAUUUUGUGGCAGAAUGAACUUUUGAAAGGUUAUAAAAAAAUGAGUUGUAAGUUCAUAUGUGUAUCAUGAAUUUUAUGGUGUUAAGCUAAUAGUGUUAAUUACUUUAGUAAUUUUUAUUAUUUUUUCUAAAUUAUAUAAAAACUAAACAUUUUUAGGAAACCAUAGAUUUACAAUUGUCUAAAAAAAAAUUUAGCUUCAGUGUGAUUGUCUCAGUUUUCCUGGAAGCUUGAUCAGGAAAGCCAUUUUACAACACUGUGAUUAUACUGACUAUUUAUAUGCUAUGAUGGCAGUGUGUACAUGAAAUAAACCAACGUAAUGCAUGUAAAAGAAGUCUGUAUUAAUAAAAAUUCUUAUUGUAAUAAAUUUUUAAUAUGUA